AUGUCUUUGGAUUCGGUUCAUACUAUCGAGGUUCAUCGUGGUGAACUGAAAUCUAAUUGGAAUCGAAUCAAGGUAGCCUAUGAAAAUUUUUUAUCCGAUAUUGAAAAAGAAGCAGACCAAGCCGACGAUCCAAUUGAUGUAGAGUCUUUUAAGGCAAAAUACAAGAAUACGUAUACGACGUACUGUAAUUGCAUGAAGAAGUUGUCCGAAAUCUCUAGUGGGUUUCAUAGAUUGUCGCUACCCCAUCCAGAGCUGGUACUGCCCAACAUUUCUACUUCUAAUGCAGCUGUUUCUACUAUUCCUGCUCCUUCUAACUCUUCGCGAGAAUUUAUUCCUAAUUCGGUUUCUUCUGAUUCGUAUAGUUUCCACUUGCCACCUGUUGAGAUAGAAACUUUUCAUGGCGACUAUGCCUCUUGGCCCACUUUUCGAGACAUGUUUACUGCCGUCGUAUCCAACACUCGGGCAAGCAAUGUCGGAAAGUUGUUCUUCCUAACGCGGAAAACUACCGGCGAGGCCAGAGAAAUCGUUCAGAAAAGUCCCUUAACAAAUCAAGGUUUCGACUUGGCAUGGAGCAAUUUGUGUUCACGAUAUGAAAACCGACGGAUAUUGGUUAAUGGUCAGUUAAAGAUCUUGUUCAACCUGAAAGCUUCUCAUUCGGAAUCUGGCAACGCUCUUAAGCAGUUGCAAGGAGAUAUUAAUUCUUGUAUCUCGAUUCUAAAGCUUUAUAACAUAGAUGUAGAAAGUUGGGAUCCUAUUUUUGUGUUUUUAUGUACAAGUAAACUUCCGGAAAACACAUUGACACUUUGGGAGCAACAGUUAAAGGACAAAACUUCAAUUCCAAAAUGGCUUGAGUUAAAUGAGUUCCUAACUAACCGUUAUCGGACGCUGGAAUCUGUUUCUGAGAUUCGUGGUUCCAACUGUCCCAAAACAAAUGAUCCGAAAACAAAGAAUAGUACCACAUCCAAUAAAAAAGUUCAUAGUUUUAUAACAAAAUUAACUCUUCCAAAGUGCCAGUUGUGUCCGAAAGACGAACACACAAUUCGUAAAUGUCCCAAAUUUUUGGAAAUGAGUUAUCCACAGCGCCUUAACGAGAUAAAGAAGGAAGAUAAGGCAAUUUCUCGUUUCUGGGAGGUGGAGAAUCUUCAAAAGAAGAACUUUUUGUCUCCUUCUGAUCAGGCAUGUGAAGAGCUAUAUGUUCAAACGACACGUAUGAAUUCAGAUGGUCGGUACAUAGUUUCGUUACCACUUAAGGAUGGUUUUCCAAAUAAUAUAAGCAUCGGUCAUUCUAGAUCGAGUGCAAUGGCACAAUUUCUUAGAAAUGAAGCUAGGCUAAUUCGAAAUGCUGAUCUUAAAUUGGAAUAUGACAAGGUUGUUCGUGAAUAUGAAGAACUUGGACAUAUGACCAAAGUCGAUUCUCCAAAUAUGUCUCAAAAUAAUGUAUACUAUCUUCCUCACCAUGCAGUCGUUAAGCCUGAAAGCGUCACUACAAAGGUUCGUGUAGUGUUUAAUGCUUCGUCUCCUUCUUCGAAUGGACUAAGUCUUAAUUCUGUUCUUCAUGUAGGUCCGAUCUUACAAAAUGAUCUUACAUUAUUGAUUCUUAGGUGGCGAUUCUUUGAAUUCGUUUUCAAUGCUGAUAUUCAAAAAAUGUAUCGGCAGAUAUUAGUUGAUCCUAGACACACCCCAUAUCAGAGAAUUCUCUUCCGAGAUAAUCCAAAUAGUUUAGUAGGCGAUUACGAAUUGAAAACGGUCACCUUUGGAGUGAAUUGUGCUCCCUAUUUGGCAAUUCGUACCGUGCUACAAUUAGCGGAUGACGUUCGGGACACAUUUCCAAUAGCAAGUUCAAUUCUUCGAAAUUCAAUGUGUGUGGACGAUGUCUUGGCCGGAGCACAUUCAAAGCGAGAUGCUAUUCUAGCAAAAACCGAGCUAAUCCUAGCUCUACAAUCAGCUGGUUUCGAGCUGAGAAAAUGGACAUCGAAUUCCGUCGAGAUUUUAGAGGAUAUUUCCAAAGAUCAUUUAAUCUAUGAAGAUUUUCUAAGAUUCGAGGAUAAUAGUUCGGCAAAAAGUCUUGGAAUUCGGUGGAAUGCUCAUUCCGAUGAGUUUUAUUUCGAUACAAAUAAAUUUGAUUUGGUUUCGGAAUAUACCAAAAGAGAAGUUCUGUCCAGAAUAGCAAAAUUGUUCGAUCCUGCUGGCUGGCUGGCGCCAUGUAUAAUUCUUGCUAAAAUUCUAAUGCAGAAAAUAUGGAUAGAUGGCACCGAUUGGGAUGAGAGUCUAUUACCGGAAACGCUCAGUCAGUGGAAGUCAUUCGAAGAUAGUUAUCCGUUAAUCAAUUCCAUACGUAUUCCUCGUUGGAUUGGUUAUAUUCCAAAUGCUGAUGUCCAAUUCCAUGGAUUUUGCGAUGCCUCGGAAAAGGCAUACGCAGCAGCAUUAUAUAUUCGUAUAUCAACCAAUGGUGUGGUUCAAACAAACUUGAUUUCGUCCAAAACCAAAGUAGCACCAAUAAAGACUCUGUCCAUUCCGAGACUUGAGCUUUGUGGAGCUUUACUUCUUGCGGAGAUGAUUGAGAACCUGUUACCAAGUCUAGAUGUGGAUAACUAUACGGUUUCAUGUUGGACAGAUUCUACGAUUGUAAUUUCUUGGCUAGCGAAGCCACCAUGUAAUUGGCUCACCUUCGUCGCUAAUCGCGUUUCGAAAAUCAUUCAGAUAGUUCCUUUUUCUAGAUGGAGUCACGUGAGUUCUGAAGAUAAUCCUGCUGAUCUGGUAAGCCGUGGUAUUUCACCACAGGAACUGAAGAGCAGUGAACUAUGGUGGUUUGGUCCUUCUUGGUUGAAGCAUUCAUCUUCUAAAUGGCCAAGCCAAAACUUGUCCAAGAUUCCCAUUACAGAUCUCGAAGUCAAAACGAUCCGUACUCAUUUUACAUAUUUCUCCGACUUUGAUAAUCUGCUAGAAAGAUUUUCAUCUUUUUCCAGGGCAAUGCGUGUGAUGGCUUAUGUUUAUAGGUUCUUCUAUCGAACGCAUCCAAGUUUUCGUUCAAAUUUCUAUAAAGAUUCCACUUUAGUCACUAGUUCUGAAAUAAUUUCUAUUCGUGACAAACUUAUUUCAGUUUGUCAAAAGGCUGCGUUUCCAAAUGAUUACAAAGCUUUAUCGGCUCGACAAAAUCUUCCAAAAUCCAGCGGGAUUUUAAACCUUAAUCCAUUUUUAGAUCCAGAAGGUUUGAUACGUUCGUGUGGUCGAUUAGAGCUUUCUUCUGAACUGUCGUAUAAUGAAAAGCAUCCCAUCAUUAUUCCUUACAAUUCUAAAUUCGCACGAUUUCUGGUAAAGUUUAUACAUGAUAUUACUUUACAUGGAGGGAAUCAGUUGGUUCUUCGACUUCUUCGGUCACAAUAUUGGAUACCGAAAGCCAAAAAUCUUAUAAAAGCCACAAUAAACAAUUGUAAAACAUGCGUAAUCUACAAAAGGCGUUGUCAACGGCAGAUGAUGGCCGCGUUACCGCCUGAACGUUGCGAAGUUAGUCGUCCAUUUACGCAUACCGGGCUAGAUUUCGCUGGCCCUUUCGACAUUAAGAGCUAUUCUGGUCGAGGUUGUCGUAUGACAAAGGGAUACGUCUGCGUAUUCGUCUGUUUUUCCACAAAGGCUAUUCACCUAGAGGCAACAUCCGACCUCUCCACACCUGUAUUCCUAGCAGCAUUCAGCAGAUUCGUGUCACGUCGAGGAUGUCCUCUACACCUUUAUUCUGAUAACGGUACCAACUUUGUUGGAGCAUCCCGAACCUUAGCUAAGGAGUUUAUUCAAACUACACAACAACGCAUUCAAGCGAACUAUGCUCAUCAAAAUGUGACGUGGCAUUUUAUUCCAGCAGGAGCUCCUCAUAUGGGAGGUUUAUGGGAGGUUGGAGUCAAAAGCUUCAAAUCCCAUUUCCGAAAAACAGCAGGUAAUUUCAAAUAUACCCAUGAAGAGUUGUCCACACUACUCUCCAAGAUUGAAUCUUGCUUAAAUUCAAGGCCAUUUUCUCCAAUGUCCACUGAUCCAACAGACCUUUGUGCCCUAACUCCUGGUCAUUUCCUUAUAGGUUCACCUCUCCUCACACCUAUCGAUCCACAAAUAAAUGAAUCCUCUAUAUCCAUGACCAAUCGAUGGCAAAGAUUGAAACUUGUCCAUCAACACUUCUGCCAGCGUUGGAAAAAUGAAUAUUUGAAAGAGCUUCAUAAAAGAAUCAAAUGGCAAACUCCUGAACGAAAUCUACAAGAAGGUGCACUCGUCGUCAUAAAAGAUGAAAACCUCCCACCGAAUUCAUGGCGUCUUGGUAGAGUCACAAAAAUCUAUCCUGGACCAGACAAACGAGUACGCGUUGCUGAAGUAUUAACACAUCGAGGGAUCAUAACGCGUCCUAUCGUCAAACUUAUUCUUUUGCCGACAGAAUCCUAG